UUGUUUAAAACCUCCUGCAUUUAAAUACACGAUGCAAAUAGUUGAUAGACGCUUACGUAUUGCGUGUCCUUUCUCCAUUAGUUUUUCUCGAUUACAUACCCACGACGGUUCAUUCCUCAUUAUGAAAAACAGAUAAUGCAACGAAUGCGAUGAGGAAAAAGAAAGAAGAAAAUCGCUGUUAAGCCACGGCGAAUUUUUGUUCCAUAUAUCUUUUCGGUCUUUUUUGUUUCAUUUUCUUUCUUUUUUUUCAAUAAUAUGAUUUCUUUUUUUUCUUCUUUUUCUUUUUUUUUUUUUUUUUUUUUUUUUUAUUGCAUUUUUUUUUCCACCUACGAAUUGCAAUAAAAGAAAUCAUGUUAUUUGCUACACUGCCUUUCAGGUUGUAAAUUUUGGAAGAAAAUCAAAUGUUAAUUUAUUAGUAAAUGAUGUUGAUCGAAUAUUAUUCUGAAAUGUGUUAGAAAUGAUUUGUCGAAACGUUUGUUUUAGUUUAUGCGAAUAUAUUUAUCAGGGAACCAAUAAUCAAUAUUUCGAUGGCGUUUGUCACCUGUUGAUAGUAUCAGUUUUUUUUUUUUUUUUUUCAGAAAAACUUGUUCAAUAUCAAUAUUUAGUUAUCACACGAUAAUACUAUUUGUACCGUCCAUAAUAGAAGAUGUUACAAUCGUAUACUAUAGAAACGAUUAGGCUUGAUAAGUUUAAACAUUUCAAAUUUAUUCCUGUCAAAUCUGUCGACAUUUUUUUGUUUAAUUAUUAUAGCCGUUGGAUAUUUUGGGAACUGUAUUUGAAACUGUCUUGAUUGUUUAACUCAACUCCAUAUAUAUAUAUAUAUAUAUAUAUAUAUAUAUAUAUAUUUUUACAUUUUAAUAGAAAAUGUAAAAUUUUCACGUGCUAUCAAUUUGUGAUCUAUCUUUUUUUAUCCGUUUUUGCAGAGAGAGAGAGAGAGAGAGAGAGAGAGGGGAAGGAAGGGACAAAAACAAAGAUGUAAUUUUCUUUGUGAAGUUUUUGAGUGAAAGUUUCGGAUGAAUUUCAAAUAGGCCUAAAAAUAUCUUGGCACAUACAUUAAUCUUUUAAUUUUCAAGAUUUUAAUAACAUAAACACAAAUAGGAUGAUCGAAAAAUAUCACGUUGGAUAUAAAUCCUUCGCCAACAAAUUUAUCUUAAUCAACGAUUUAAUUCAUUCUUUGGUAUGCGUGCCACGAUCGAGAAAGAAGCCGCUAGAAAAUAUUUUUACGAAUUAGACUUAGACGUUGGAUGUUGGAUUUUACAAGCAUUUUUCUUUACAACAUGUUCAUCGAUUCGCCGUGGCGAUAGAAUCAUAGUCUCAGGGUUUUAACCAACAACCAACAAAUAAACAAAUGAUACAAAUUUAGAUACAAUAUAAAUAAAUAAGCGCGCGUGUAUAUUUGUGGAGCAAAACAUUAUAAUAAUAAUUACGAUAGUAAUAAUAAUAAUAAUAAUAAUAAUAAUGAGGAUGAUAAUGAUGAUAAUAAUGAUGAUAAAGGAUAUUAACAUUAGUAUUAAUGAUGAUAACAAUGAUGAUAAUAAUAAAAAAACAAGAAACACAAUAUCGUGGUUUCUUGUAUUUCUGUAACUCGAAAUUUACGCAUUUGUUUUGCAUACUGGAUGUAUAUCCAGCAUAUGCGAAAGAAAUAUAAUUCUAACGUCACUUUUUCUUUAUGAUCUUUCUCCCUGUAGGUAGGAAGAAGAUUUGUACAUAUACAUAGUUUAUUCGCAUCGUGAAAAUUUACACCGAUAAAUUCAACCACAUCCUGUAUUUUUUUUGGCACGGUAUAUACGAUUGCACAAUUUGAAAAACGCUUCCGCUUUUCUAGCGAAACGUGCGUGCGCCAACAAAGAUGACAAAUGGAUCGUGGAUUUGAAAUGUUUCAUAUAUCAUACAGCGUGCACUGUUUACGAUUUGUUUCUUCUUCGAAAGUACAAUAUAAAGUGGUUCUUCGAAAAGUCCUUCUUUUCUCGUUCGUUCGCCGGACUCACCAGACCAGUCGUAAAUUGUACCUGCUGCGAAGAAACGUUGCUUCUGCGACUUCUCUAAAUAUGUGUACAGAAUAUGUGUACAGAUACAUGUAAUUAUAAUUUUUAUAUAAAAAAAGAAAGGAUACGUAUGUGUGCGUGAGCAUUAGGUAAUAAGUCGAUCGAAAAUAAAAUAGGAAUUAAGCUCGAUUUUUAUUAUUCAAAUCUUGAAUGUUGAACGAGCUCCUCUUCGAAAAUUCGCCGUGAAAUAUUUACCUAUGAAAAUAUGCCGAUUAUAACGAAAUAAAAUACUAUACCUGGCCUCAAUGGCCUCAGUUGGCUCAGCAAUCAUGUUGCGAGAAGAAGCUUCACGUUUGCUUCUUUAUUUGUUAAUCGUCUUUCUUGUUACUUUUUCCAGCCAUUCCCUCGCAGAAACAAGUUCGUAUGUACUGCGAGACAAUUGUUUGGAAUUCGAUGUGGUUGAGCUCGAGGAUUAUUUGUCUCGGAAUAUUGAGAAUGUGCCGACGAUCGAUAUGAUGAUCGGCGGUUUCAAAUGUCCCGUCACAGCUUUGCCCUUUGGUGCUUUGAAAUCGGACUGGGCAAGAUUACUGCUUCUGCAGAGAGCGCAACCAAAGGAUUCAAUUCUCUCGAAGAAACUAGGUCGUCUUUUCAGAAUCUUAGUGAUCGCUUAUUUCCAAAUAGAGGAACGUUUCGAUAUUAUUCAAUCUGGAAUUUUGAGCAGCGUAAAUAACAUUGAUACGAGGAAAGAAAUGAAGAGAUUCAACAACUCGAUAAUCGAUUUAGGAGAAGUGGAUAAAAAUUUUACCGCAAAUUUUACUUUUUUUGACAAUAAAAAAUCCAUUGGCACAAUUAAAAUCGAACGAACCACGAGGCUGGAUAUAACGAGAGAAAAUAAAAAUGACAAUUUUAAUACGACACGUAGUAAUAAUUCUUCGACAACCGUCGAAUUUUUAUCUAUCGAUGAUCGAAUGGUAUUUCGCUCGACAACCGAACGAUACGAGGAAAAGAAGAUGGUAAAUAUUACCGGUUUUUCAGAUAUAAAUACCGAGAAAAAAAAUUACACAGAAAUAUCGAAAGCGAACGAAUCCAUCGCAAUUGAAAUCCCGAAUAAUUUUACAAAAGGUCAAGGUGGUAAAAAUAUUUAUAGAAAAAAAGAGGAAUUAAAUAAAAAUAAAGAUGACACUCUUACCGCUACUGACAUUUCGGGUAUAUCGGUUUCUAAUUCAAAUCAAAAAUCAAUAGUGAAAAAUAUGAAGGAAGAAGGAACGACGAGAUCAGUUUUCACCACUAAAAUUAGCACGAUGAAAUCUGAUGGUAUGGAAGAACGCGAUUCUAAAAAAAUGAGCGAUAGAAGUGAUUACGAUUAUGUCACAAAGUUCAAUUUAGAGAGAAUUGAAAAUGUAAAUAGUUUGGAGAUUUUUGAUGCAAAAACUACCAGCGAGCCAAGUCGCGUUUAUUCGAAUAAAAUCUCUACUAACUCGAGCGAAAGUUUUAAUCAAAGUCCUUCGAAUCGUCAAACAAACGACGUCUUCGAAAAGAUUCCAUGGAAUUUCUCGAAUAAGCUAGAGAAACCUCCGAUCUACAAAAAACUUAGAAAACCUUCGUUGGAUAACGACUUUUGGAAAUACAUUGUAAUUUCACGAAAUGUUGUAGAACCGAAGAUGAUAUCGGAGAUUGAAAAUGCAGAUAAAUCUGAAGAAAGUUCGACGAAAUCUAAAAAACGCGCAAGCUUGAAUACUGAAAAAAAUCUUAGAUGGUUUUAUAAUUUUGGGCACGAAGAUAAUAAACAAUACAGUAAUAAUCCGGCUGAUCGACAAGGUAUUUAUAUCGAAUGCAACGGGAAGAAAUGAUAGAAAAUAAUCAACUUUAUCAACCUUAUUCUUCCGAAAUAAUAGAAGAAUUUUUUUUAUGAAAAUACAAAAUACGAAUAAGAAACGAAUCAAACAUUGCCUACCUAAUAAAAUUAUUCGAAUCUCCCUUAAUUGGACUUCUUGAUUUGCCUUAUCAUAUCACGUUUGCACAUUGGAGAAGAUGGUACGACGACUGGACACCACGGCCCAGUCCAUAAAUUCACGAGCCGGUGACCGAAAUAUACGAGGUCCUCAACUGGUAACAUUCGUCAUGCUUUACAAGCUGUCGUAAACGAGUCCUCCUAUUAUUCUAUCGUCUCUAUCCAUAAGAUUUUUCGAAUCGUCUAGCGAGUUGAAUCGUUUUGUGAAGCAAUGCGAUUAGCUCGGUACAAUUCAUGCGA